UAUACUGCACCUAGCCGGAAGUUUUUAUGAUACACCCUUGUUAAUUAUUUAAAGUUACAACAGUUUUGACAACUUUUUUAUUUACGGGUUUUCAUGUUGCCAUGGAAUUGCCUCUGGUGGAGUGUUUCUAAGAAACCGUUGUGAGAGUGUAGUACGUCUUCCUCCGCUUUCUGCAUGACUACGAGAUAAUGUGACACGAGCGCCUCAGUUCAGCGUUCACACGCUCUGAGGGACUGAAUCACUGUAGGCGCGGAGCCUGAGUGAGAAAGUCACUUGCGUUUAUCGCUCUUCCACUCGUUUUAUAUUACGCGUGUUUUGACAUGUACUGUCUCGCUGGGAACAUUACCGCAAAAUAAACAACGACGGUGUACGCGACCGUUUUCGACAAGCACGCGAGUGUUUCUGUACGAGGGGCAGAUAGCAAGUGUUCUGCGUUUGUCUGUGAACGGCAUCAUCUAUGAGCUACAAUGGAGCAGUAUUCAAAGACUGUAAGAAUGUGGAUAAUCACCUGCCUUUUGUUCAUUUUGAGUCAAGCAACAGAAAAUGACAGAGACUUUAAGAUGUGUGGAACAUGGCAUCAUGGCAUUGCAUCCCGAAAUCUGAAAUAUGAUUUAAAAACAGGCUGUGAGAAAAUUGAGAUUUCAGCCAAUGAGAGCACACUCUCUGUUAGGGGAAGUAUCACAGCAAAGUGCACAGAGUCUUCAUCCAUUCCUAUAGAAUCAAACCCUCAUCAAAAUCAAAGUCAUUUCUGUGUGUUCUGGGAGCCGCUGCUGGACCUGCUCAUAGUGGAAGUGAAUGGAAAGAAUCACACUCUGUGUCGAUCAAAUGGCCUUCAAGAAAACUGCUGCACUGACCUCUCACCAGACAAACAAGAAGCCGUUGCUCUGUAUGGUAUUGUGAAUGGCAGCAUCCGUGGCGAUAUCAUCAAAGAGGAUGUCAUGAAAAUGUAUGACUUUAAAGGAGAUACAAUCAACUGCAAGAAGAAAUUCUGUGAUGAGGCAAGAGUAGCAAACAUGAUAGAGGAAGUAGUGAUGAAAUCCAAUACAAUGGGUCCAGUGCAUCUACCUUGUGUUCAGAGCACAGUCAUUGAGAUGAAAGAGGGUUUCAUGGGACUUAAUUUAACUCUGCCAACCCCUAAAAUUGAAUCAUCAAACAUGACACCCUCCGUCUAUCUUCCCUCCUGUCUGAAAUCCAACUCAAGUAACAAAUCCAAAGUGGUGUGUACUUACUUCAAAGACAAAGCAUUAUUUCAGGGUUCGUCUGAUGCAGUUCUUCUGGUUGACAUAGUUGGACUCUCUGUGGAGAAUGAGAUCAUCAAAGACCUCCCAGAACCUGUCAAAAUCAAGUUUCAUCAUUCUGUUCUCCCAGCCAACUGUUCUAGAAAAUGUGUUUCAUGGGACACAAGACGAGAUAAUGCAGUGAACUGGAGAUAUGAUGGCUGUGAAACUCUUAAAAUCCAUGACACAGUGACAGAAUGCCACUGUAAUCACCUCACAUACUUCGCUAUUCUUGUGCAAGUGGAACAGAAGGAUACAGUUCGCCAUCUAAAGGAGCUGACGUUCAUUACCGCUGUGGGUUGUGCCGUGUCCUUAGUUAGCUGCUUGGUUCUCUUCUAUUGGCUCAGUAAACGCAGAGGGAAGAAAACCCAGAUCACACUGGUGCACCGUGGUCUAGUGGUGGCGAUAUUUCUUCUGUGCUUGUUCUUCAUUCUUACCGGUACACUGGCCAAUGUAGGAAAUGAACGCGUUUGUAAGAUAACAGGUUCCCUUCUGCAUUAUGCGCUGCUUAGCACCCUCUGUUGGAUGGCCAUGGAAGUGUUUCACACAUUCUUGUUGAUCCGCAAGGUGUUCGACUCAAAUCUCCCGACAUGGAUAUUUUACUUGGUAGGCUUUGGGCUUCCAGUUUUGCUAGUCAGUGUACUGCUCUUAACAGAGCAGAUUCAUAAGGUGGAUAUUUAUGGCAAAAGGGAGAUUGUGCCAAGUGAUAAUGUCAGCAGUCCUUACUUCAUGUGCUGGAUGCUGGUGAAUGAAAAGAGCCUUUUAGCUCAUUACAUCAUUAAUGUUGGCUUACUGGCUGUUGUGGUGAGCUCUGGUGCAGUCAUGCUUUUCCUUGUGGUGAGGGAGAUCCGCAACCGACCUGACUGGAAGAAGAUUCAUGUGGCUUUUCUCAGUAUCUGGGGUCUCACCUGUCUGUUUGGCACAACGUGGGGCCUGGGUUUCCUGGAUUUUGGCCCAUUGUCAGAGGCCAUUCUCUUCCUCUUCUGUAUUAUCAAUUCCUUACAAGGAUUUUUCCUCAUGCUGCGAUACUAUGCUCUCGAACGGAUGAAAAAGAAAGAUCGUUCCUUUUCGGAUGGGAGCAGUUCUGGAUCUUCAAAACAGCAUAUGUUACAGACUCAUGAAAAGAGUUAAAAGUCUGGUGAUGCUCAAACAGUGUCUUUCUGAAAUUGCCAAAUUAUACUUCUUUCAGAGUUGUUAAGAUUAUCCUCAAAGGGCAUUUGUAUAGGUCCUUUCUCAUUCUGCUGGUCAGGGUGUUGAAUGUUCCUCAGAUGACAUUGCACUGAUCAUAUAGUGUCGGGUAAAUGAGCAUAAAGGCUUCACCUGUCAUAAGCUGUAUUUCUGUGUUUAUGUUUUUAGUACGAGUAUAAUAAUUUGUUUCAGCCUUGCACUUUUUUUUACUACUGUGUAAAACUGCUGUAUUCAUUGUGAAAUGUAAAUAGGAGAUAUAGCAAUUCAUUUUUAGUAAUGAAUAAAAAAACAUUUCAUUUUGUGGUCAGAAAGUUCAGUUAAGAUGUGAUAUAAAUUUAUGUGAUUUUGUAGGUUUAAACUGCCAAAAAAAGUGCAUUCCCCAUGUAUUUUCAGAAUCAAGGUAAACGAGCUCAGCAAACUAUUAGUUUCGUCAGACGCAAGUUGCACUUUUGUUGGCUCUUCAGAGUUUUGUAUUGAAAUAGAGUAAAGCACAAACUUUGUAAUUUCUGUUUUAAGUAUUUGUGACUUUGUAUGUGUAUUUCUGUUGGAAUAUCAUAAUACAGAAUAUAUAUAACCAA